CUCCACUAACAACUAUAUACCAACAUUUCAUGUUUAUAUCAAUUCUCAUGUCCAGGUACAGGUGAUAGUUUAAUAAUAAUUGAGUGUAAUAUGAAUAUGACCACCAAGGGAUACAGUGGGAUGAAUGAGAUCUCUUCAUCUCAACAAUACAACUUAGCACUGACAUUCUAAAAUACUUCAGUAUAUGUGUUGGAUUUUGCCCGAGUUUUGCUAGAUAAUGCACAAAUAUAGCUGAUUCCUCACAUACUCAAAGAUUACUGCAAAAUACUGAAGGAAGAUGAUAAAGACUGGUCAACUUGGUUUGUAAGUCUUCCAAUAGCAAAUCCAGACAGAUCAUAUAUACAUCUUUGGCCUUUUAAUUGAGUCAUUACUUUUUUCUUCCCCACUUUUUCUGUUUUGUUCAUCAGUGAGGGAGCCAUUACUCAAAUAGCUGAAUACAAUUAAACGUAUUUUUAUUUCAUUUGAUGGAGUGAUCCAUCCAUGUGAAUGGUGUAAUAUAAAGAUUUAACAUGUUAUAGUAAGUUGUCUGCCUAAAAUUCUUUUUAUAAUAUCAGCGUAUUAGCUAAUUGAUCGUACUAACACGAUAUUCAACUUGACUUUUCACUUCCAUGAUAAAAACAGCGACCUCAGUGGGCUUGACCUUAACAUUUGCGGGUUGGCAAAGCAACCUUAUAGUAUAUCUGAUAGAGGAAUUUGAAGUGGAGAGCAUAGAUGCAGCUCAGAUAUCAAAUCUGGUUAAUGGCGCUGGAAGUUUGAUUCCCGUCCUUGCUGCUAUUAUUGCCGACUCAUUUCUUGGUUGCUUCUCUACCAUUUGGAUUUCAUCCAUCAUCUCAUUAUUGGGCACAAUCUUUUUAGCUUUAACAGCGACACUUGAUUCUUUGAGGCCUAAACCCUGUGAAGUUGACUCAACCUCAUGUAGCCCUAAACCAAGAGUUCAAUAUGUAGUACUAUAUGCAGCCAUAAUUCUAGCAACUUUGGGGAGUGGUGGUACCCGAUCAACCCUUUCAACGAUGGGAGCCGACCAACUAGAUAAGCCAAAGGAUCAGGGGAUUUUCUUCAACUGGUUCUUCUUCUUUUGGUAUGCUGCUUCUGUAGUAGCAUCAACAGCUAUAGUCUACGUUGAAGAUAAUGUGAGCUGGAAAGUGGGAUUUUUCAUUUGUGUAGCUACCAACGUUCUUGCUUUAGUCAUUUUCCUAAUGGGGAGCAGAUUUUACUCCAACUCUAAGCCAGGAGGUAGUCCGUUCACCAGUUUGGCUCGCGUUGUGGUUGCAAGUAUUAGGAAAAGAAAAGUGCCACUCCCAUCGACUGGCGAGUAUUUCUACCAUGGAUGGGAAAGUCACUCUGUUGCGCCCUCGAAAAACUGCAGGUUCUUGAACCAUGCGGCCAUUGAAAGUGAAGGUGAUAUUAAACCAGAUGGUUCAACAGCUAAGUCAUGGAGUCUUUGUUCAGUACAAGAAGUAGAGGAUUUCAAAUCCUUAAUAAGAAUCUUACCACUAUGGUCAAGUAGUUUCUUUCUUGGAACAUCAAUUGGCGUACAAGCAAGUUUGUCAGUACUUCAAGCCUUGGCAAUGGACCGUCAUAUAGGACCCCAUUUCCAAAUCCCAGCUGGUUCCAUACUCGUCUUUGUCCUGAUCUCUACUGCUAUAUUCCUCGCUCUGUUAGACAAGUUUCUCUUUCCUGCAUGGAAGAAAUUGACCAGCAAAUCCCUAACUCCUCUCCAGAGAAUUGGGAUUGGGCAUGUGCUCAAUGCUCUGGGGAUGGGUGUCUCGGCCUUAGUGGAGUCAAAGAGGCUAAAGGUAGCAAAAUCCAACAACGUUGAUCAAGGUUCUAAUAUUGUGCCUAUGUCAGUGUUAUGGCUAGUACCCCAGUUAGCCAUUGUUGGCAUUGCAGAGGCAUUCCAUUAUCCUGGACAAGUAGCAUUGUACUACCAAGAAUUCCCAACAACCUUAAAGAACAUGGCAACCGCUAUGAUUUCGGUGCUCGUUGGUAUAGCAUUUUACUUGGCUACUGCUCUAAUUGAUGUUGUUAGAAAGACAACUACAUGGUUACCAGGUAACAUAAAUACGGGAAGGCUGGACAAUGUGUAUUGGGUAUUGGUUGUGGGGGGAGUAUUGAACUUUGGUUACUAUGUAACAUGUGCUUGGUUUUACAAGUAUCAAGAUCUGAAGGAAGUGGAUCAUAGUGGUUCUCCUUCUGAUGAGUGAUCCCAGGGUGCAAAAGAAAAACAAAAAUAAAUGAUCAUGAUUCUUGACAUUGAAAUAACUUCACGACAUUUGCUAUAUAAUUCGUGAUUCUAGAUAA